GCCGGAGGCGGGGCCGUCUCGCCAUGCUCCGCGCGCUGAGUACCGUGGGCGCGCGGCCCUUGGGCCGCCCCCCUGCCCAGUUUCUCCUGCUCGCGCGCGGCCGAAAAACCCGCCACGAUCCGCCGGCCAAGUCCAAGAUCGGGCGCGUGGCGACCCCGCCCGCCGUGGAUCCUGCGGAAUUAUUCGUGCUGACGGAGCGUUACCUGCAGUACCGCCAGACGGUGCGCGCCCUCAGAAGUGAGUUCGUGACCGAGGUACGCAGGAAGGUGCAUGAGGCCCGAGCCGGUGUCCUGGCACAGCGCAAGGCGCUGCAGGAUGCCGCUGAGCACCGCGAGCUGAUGGCCUGGAACAAGGCAGAGAACCAGCGGCUGCAUGAGCUGCGGAUGGCCAGGCUGCGGCAGGAGGCGCGGGAGCAGGAGCGGCGGCAAGCGGAGGAGGCGGCUCGGGAAGCCCGAGAGGCGGAGGCCUGGGCCCAGCUCAAGAAGCGGGAAGUGCUGCAGCUGCAGGAGGAUGCAAAAGACUUCAUCACCCGAGAGAAUCUGGAGGCGCGGGUGGAAGAAGCUCUGGACUCCCCCAAGAGCUACAAUUGGGCCAUCACCAGAGAGGGGCUGGUGGUCAAGCCACAGCACAAGGGCUCCUGAGGUCCCAGUGAGGACAGUACCCACCCAGGGACCAUGGAAGUAAAGGGGUUAGGCCUGAUCUGAAAUAAAGCAGUUGGUGUUUCUGAUGAAGGAAAAGGUUCUGCCUGUCCCAGUGCAAGCUUCACUCUGGAGCCUCAGCUGCUGCCGCUUGGUCAGAAACUGCACACGCGCAGCACUGUAUUCUGCACCCAUGUGCAACUCUCAGUAAAGCACCAGACCUGAGAAGCUUCUGUCUCACAGAGAAGCUUAGUCCCCUCAACAGCCAGGUUGUCUGCUGAGUAUCCUCAGGAUCAGUGGUUGGCAUAUUGCAGACCUUGGACAAAAUCUGGCCUAUUGCUUCUUUUUGUGGAUAAAAUAUAUUGAAACACAGAGACUUCCCUGGUGGUCCAGUGGUUAAGAAUCUGCCUUCCAAUGCAGAGGAUGCAAGUUCAAUCCCUGGUUGAGGAACUAAGAUCCCACAUGCUCAGGGCAACUGAGCCCCCACGCUGGGACUACUUAAGCCCCUGCAUUCUAGAGGUCACAUGCUGCAACUGGAAAGUGUACUCCACAACCAAAGGUCCCACCUGCUGUAAUGAAGAGAGUAUAUUGGAACACAGCCACACCUGUUCAUUGACUGCUUUCAUACUACAAUGGCAGAAAUGAAUAGGUGCAAGAGACUUUAUGACUUGCAAAGUCUAAAAUGUUGUUAUGAUUUUUUAAUUGAAAUAUCAUUGAUUUAUCUGUUAGUUUCAGGUGUACAGCAAGGUGAUGCAGUUAUAUGUAUAUAUAUAUACACACACACACAUCUUUUAGGUUCCUUUCUACCAUAGGUUAUUACA